UUUGCUUACAUUACACCUUAGCCUCCUGCUUUUCUUGAACCAGUCUUUCCUCCACGCUUGCUUUGCCGUCUCUUUCUCCUUCUAGUUUCCUUCAAAAGAAAAAAGAGAGAGAAAUCCGGAAGCCGUGCCGGAGGGAUGGUUCAUUGGUUGCAUAUCAUGGUGGCAGUGGUGACCACCGCAAUUCUUUUGAUCUUUUGGUUUGUAUUUAUUCGUAUCUGGUGUUUCCAUAAACACCCUCUAGACAUCGUUGCUGAUCAAAACAAGAGAAAGGGGAAUUACUAUGUUUUUCGACGUGGGGUUUCAGCAAAACCUUUGUUUAGUUGGGCUGAUCAUCCAUCUCUCAUCACUGACGCGGUUGAAAAUGGAUGGUCCAGAUUUGGCUUUACACCCAACAUGCCUUCUCCAUCUACAAGAUCAAGCCUGUUGGGUUUACGUGCACCUGGUGAUCAUGGAAGAGGAAAUGAAAUCGAAGUAAACUGGGAAGUCUCACAGGGAUCAGUAGAUUUCAUGCAAAAGAUUAGUCUAAAAUCUGGGUCAAAGAAAGGAAAUAGGACUAUAACUCAUCAUCAUUCCAUGGCUGCUUCAUCGGUUAUUAGAACAGCUUUGCCUUUGCCAGGGCCGCCUCUGGGGAACUCUGCUUUUCCUCAAGAGGCCUAUUUCGAGAUCAAGAUUUUGUAUUGCCAUGGACAUGAUCAUGACUCGAGUGGAAAGCUGAAGGAAAGUGAGAUGACGAAACUGAUACAUGAGAAUUCCAACCCCAAAACAAAUUCAGAAUCUUUUGACAAUGUAAUUAAUAAGAUUGAGGAAUUAAACUCUGCAACUAAAGAUGAUGGAAAAGGUGACGCAGUAAUGUUAUCCGUGGGACUAACUGCUGGUGGCUCUCUUCCUUUGAAGCUCCCUGGAACCUUUCCAGGAUCAAUCGGUUUCAAUUCAAACGGUUGUGUCUAUCUAGACGGAAUUAAGCUUGUGUUUGGAUCUGAGAAAGAAGAAUGGGGGAAAGCAGAGAAGGUGAUAGGUUGCGGGUUCGAUCCUAGGCAAAAGAAAGUGUUUUUCACCUUAGACUCAGAGCUGGUACAUGUAAUAAACUGCAAGUCAGAGGAAUUUGGGACUCCUCUUUAUCCAACACUUGCAGCAAACGAUGAUGUUUUGGUUCUAGUUAAUUACGGACAAAGUGCCUUUGCCUAUGGUCCAGCAAAUGGGAAUCGAACACCGAACCCGUGUUUCAUUGGACCCCUUGUAAAUUCCCCUGCUGCUCUCGGCUAUGAGGACAGCAAAGAGCUAUUUUCAAUGGGAAGAAUUGAUUCCCAAUGGCUUAACAGAAGCACAACUAAAGGCGGCCAUCGUUCAGCAAUGGAAUUUGAUGAGGAGUCUGAGGCUGAUUUAUUCGAAAUCGCAUUGGAAAAUGGAAGAUCCCCUAACUCAGUUCUGUAGGGCCUACAAGACUGAUCGUUUCUUUCUUUUGUCAUUGAAUGAAGUUGUUGUCC